AUGGACAGGAUCCACGACCGUCUGGUGGAGGCAGGACUAGUUAACUACUGGCUGAAGGAGCUCUUUGACUCCUCCACGAAGAAAGCUAGAGAUGAGAAGAGAGAGGAAGAGAGGAGGAUGGGUACUGCAGGUGACGGAGCAGCCUCACUCCCGUCAGAAGUCCAGAGAGCAAGUCAGAGCGGAGACGGGGCGGUGGUGUUAAACUUGAACCACCUGCAAGGUGCCUUCUACAUCCUCCUGUUGGGCUACAGCUCCGCAUUUCUGGUCCUCCUGACGGAGAAAGCCCUCUCUGGCGACCCUACCAGCACAACCUAAUAUCGUCUGCCAAGCUCAUUUACUACAUCUAUACACAUCUAUAGAAACAAAACGAUGUAUAUUCUAACCUGCACCAUCAUCAUACUUAUCUUUCAACAUGACGGCACUUCCCUAUCUAUAUAAAUCUGUAACUUUGCAUUAACACAUAACUGUGUACAUUAAAACCGCCAUAAUUAUCAGAAUUUCGUUAACAUGGUGACCUUGACGAAGAUAAUUAUUGGCGUAUGAAAUGCCAUUGUGGGUUUGAGGAAUGUGUUACUCUGUGGUAAACAAAAUCAUUCUUGUAUCACCUUGGGAAGCAUUUCACCAGUUUAACCUCACCAGCUGUAUCUCACCAGUUGUGCCUCACCAGCUGUUUUACCAGCUGUGCCUCACUAGUCAACGCAGGGGUUUACACUAUACCCUGUGGAGGCUGUGACAGGAUUUAUGUAGGUGAAACGGCAUGAAACCUCGAAACACGCCUCAAUGAACACAUUAAUGAUUGUAGGAACGAUAACAUGAACAACGCCUGCAUACAACACCGAAAUUCCACCAAUCACCACAUGAAAUUCCGAGACGCCCAAUUAGUGAUCAAAAUAACUAAUUUCCGCAGACGCAAGUGCCUUGAAUCAGCAUUAAUCGCUGUUUCUAAUACAGUUAAACAAAACAAAGGCAGCUUCACCAUCUCUUAAGUCUUAGCAAGAAUCCUCCUGAAAACAGUAAACCCUGCCAUCACGUAGUCUCUCCUGUUAAUACUACACAAGCAUAUUACAGAGGAGUAACACUGAAACAGACCUUCUCUAAUCCAGCCUCCUACAGAAAUAUUUGUCUAACCUAUUUUUAUGUUACCCAAGUAAUGGCUUUUAUAACCUUUUACUCAUGUGCAUUACUCAUGUGUAUUACUACUACUACUACAACUAGUAUAACUACUACUGUUACUACUACUACUAUUACUACUACUACCAGUAGUAUUACACCUCACUAUAUACACCCUGUGUGUCCAUGUACUGUUUGUAACGGCUUGACAAAGCUCCUGGAGAGCGAAACGUUGCCACAAUAAAAUGUCACAUUAGUUGCACUUCUGUCCUUUUACUUAACAUAAUGUCAGUAAUUCUACCAGUAUUAAUACAAUC